AUGCAUGCAAACGCCAAGAUGCAUCUCUCCAGCGAUGUCUCGAACGCGCUGAAGCACAUCGAAAUCAUCAAGCAGACGGUCGAGGAGAUGGAGCCAAACAAGCUCCAGCUCAAUGUAAGCGACGAUCUGAAACUGGUGCUCGAUCUGCUGCAGGAUCCGGUAUUUCGCAACAUCGUCCAGAUCCAGGACUCGUUGGCAGAGUUGAACCAUCAGAUCACGCAGCACCCCUCGAUACUUCCGGGAGAUUUCGAUAUUGCGAACAGUGGCGAACUGGUGCUGAGUGUCCCACCCGGUACGGAUUUGUUCGAGGCGGACUACCAGGAUGAGCAGCGAGUCCCAUCCGCCCAGAUUUCUCCCGGUAGUCCCGGUCCGGGUGGUAUGUUGGUUGUUACCGGACAGCCGAAAUUGAACCUGCUCGACCAUGCCCAGCUCCAGGCAACUGGAGGUGGUCCGACGGGUGUUGCGCCCGUACCACAGCACUUGCAGCAACAACCUCUGGAUGCGCAACAGUUGCUGAAUGCGUCGAUGCAGCUGACCAACGACACGUCGCUGUUCGAGGUGCCUUCGAUUGUUCAAGACCAUCAUCACAAGCUUCAGCCGGAGCAGACGGAUCAGCAUCCACUCGGAGGGCCAUUUAACGAAUCUCCCAAAUCGGUACCGGAAACGAUCGUUGCUGGCGGUACUCCAGCUGACUGGUCCCGCAUACUCGACAUCGAGCUAGUUAACGAUGGGACCGGACUGGGUUUCGGUAUUAUAGGCGCCCGUACGACAGGUGUCACGGUGAAAACGAUUCUGGCGGGUGGUGUAGCAGAUCGCGAUGGAAGACUGAAGAGUGGCGAUCAAAUACUCCAGAUCGGUGACGUUAAUCUGCACGAGAUGGUUUCGGAACAAGUUGCCUCCGUCUUGCGACAGUCCGGUACGCAUGUGCAGCUCGUAGUGGCUCGUCCGAUCGAUCCGGCCACGGUGGGAACAACCGAGUACGAUCAUUCCGCCAUCGUGCCGACAGUGCUACUGGCAAACCCACUAAAGCUGAAACAAUAUCUAGCAGAUUCCGGGUUCGGCGAUAUUUACGGUGUGUACUCCAUCGCAAAUCUAGACAGCCCCGGGUUGGACAAUCCGUUCGGCAAGGAAAGCCCACUGCCAGACUUCCCCGAGACGGAGGUGUUUACGGUGGAGUUGCGAAAGGAUCAGAACGGGUUGGGCAUCACGAUUGCCGGGUACGUGUGCGAAAAGGAGGAACUGUCCGGUAUAUUCGUGAAAAGUGUUUCACCGGGUAGUGCGGCCGAUCUGAGUGGCAAGAUACAGGUGAACGAUCGUAUUAUCGAGGUGGACGGUCAGUCACUGCACGGUUUCUCCAACCAUCAAGCGGUAGAUGUGCUGAAACAGAGCGGUCACGUAGUUAAGCUCUGCUUGGAGAGGUAUCUGCGUGGGCCGAAGUACGACCAGCUGCAACAGGCAAUCGCAGCCAACGAGAUGAAACCUCCGACUCCAGCCACACCACCGCCACCACUCGGUCCAACCGAUCUGUCCAAGUAUGGUAGCAACAUACUGGACAUCUUGCCUCCGCAAGCACUGCAGCGCACUCAGGGAAAGGAGCUAGAUGGGCAGGGUGAGAUUGAGGACGAGCUAGAUGAUAGCGAUGUGGUCGGGAUGGGUGGAGACGCAUCCAUCGUACACGUGGCCGGACAUAAAAAAUUGUCCCGUGCGAAGGAUUCGAUCGAUACGCAAGAAUAUCGGGAAAAGAUCAAGGAAGCCACUAUCGUCGCUGAUGCAGGCGCGUUGGAAGACAGUGCCCUAAUGGACGCUACCAAUCCGGUGGCAAUUGCACGACACCAUCAGAGUGCGGCAAAGUUGCGUAGUUCGCUAAAGGGCGCUACCACGGUGGAGGAAGUCUCCCCGGACCAGGAUCCCGACACGGCGUACAUCGUGAAGAAGUGGACCAACAUACUUGGCCCGGAGGUACAGAUAAUUGUGGCGAAUAUUCGCAAAUUCGCUGCAUCGAGUGGGCUCGGAAUCUCUCUCGAGGGAACGGUGGAUGUGGAGGGUGGCAAGGAAGUUCGUCCACAUCACUACAUUCGAUCGAUCUUACCGGAAGGUCCGGUGGGACAGAAUGGGCUGUUGCGUUCAGGCGAUGAGUUGCUUGAGGUUAACGGUCAACGGUUGCUGGGAAUGAAUCAUCUUAAAGUGGUGUCGAUCCUGAAGGAAUUGCCACAGGAUGUGUGCAUGGUGUGCGCCCGAGGCGAUCCGGAUCUGUUGCGGUUUACCGAGGAGCAAUUGAUCAGCUCGCUGGAGGCAGAUGUGGCCAAACGCAACACCCAACACCAUCACCCACAGUUGCACGGCAGUCUAACACCGUCGGAACGGUUGGUGAAAGCUAAAUCGGACGGCAGUUUGGCCACUACCAAUGGUACGGGGAUGGGCGGUGGACCCGGCGGUGUCGGGGUGGGCGACGGAUUUUCCAAGAUCAAAUCACGCAGUCUCGAACCGCUCACUGGGCUAGCAAUGUGGAGCUCGGAACCACAGAUCAUCGAACUGAUCAAGGGAGAGCGUGGGCUCGGGUUCUCCAUACUCGACUAUCAGGAUCCGCUCGAUCCGAACGAUACACUGAUCGUUAUCCGAUCGCUUGUGCCGGGCGGUGUUGCUCAGCUCGAUGGGCGACUUAUCCCCGGUGAUCGCUUGCUGUUCGUGAACGAUACGAUCCUAGAGAACGCUUCACUCGAUCAAGCGGUACAGGCAUUGAAGGGCGCCCCGAAGGGUGUGGUGCGUAUCGGUGUUGCCAAACCACUUCCCAUGCAGGACUCGUCACUCGCUGGACCACCGUUCGACGAGAAAACUGUAGCGGACAGCAAUGGGGCCGGUUCCGGUAGCGGUAAGAUGUUGUCGCUGGCCAAACCGGAUAUAAUAAUGGAAUGA